CUACUACUGCUACUAUUUUUACUACUACAGGACCACCACCACCUCCACCACCACUACCACUACCAUCUCUCAACACCAGUCUUCAAGUAUGUGUGGUGCAUGGGUGUGUGAGGAGUGAGUGAGUGAGUGAGCGUUGGUUCAAUGUGUGUGUGUGCUCAGACAGAAAGAGAGAGUGUUCCAUUCGAGCUCCUUGUUGACUGCUGACUUGUGCCCAAAUGAUGGGGACGUCGCCACGAGUGAAGAGAACGCCGAUGAAGAUCGGGCUCCUUGGAGAAAGACCAGGAGGUGGUGUUGGUGUUGGUGUUGGUGGAGGUCGACGACGACUGGGAGGAGAAGGAGGAGAAGGAGGAGGAGGAGAAGAAGAAAACGAGUAGGGAAGAGCCAAGAAGGACGGAGAAGAAGAAGAAGAAGAAAAGAAGAUUGGAGGAUGAAGAUCCCUGUUCUGGGUGCCCAUUCAUUGUGGUGAGUGUUGGCCGUUUCAAUUCCGCACCUGCAAGCCCACUGUGACCGCUUGUGGUGACGGGUUUGGGCAGGAUCCGCAUGGUCACGGCCUCCUGAGAUUGGACAGAGAGAGCCUCCGCUGUUGUGUGGGGUCGCUCAAACAUGUCCGACACGUUGAACAAGUGAAGUGCUGCUCGGAGAACGGGUAUGAAGAAUGCCAGGAAAUCCAGGUCCUGGCAAAUUGGAUCCAUUCUCCUCAAGUAUUUGCACACUCUGACUUGUUUCGAUUCCUCGCGCAAUUCCUACACUGACGCCAGGUCCACGUCGCCCAUUCUGUCGCGAUCACCACCAGUAACGCCUCCAAUAACACAGGAACCGCCUCAAUCCCUUCGGCCCUCCGCGCUCCAACGUCUGGAGCAAAACAGUAGCCCUCCCUCCACUUCACUGGAACUAGAAGUCAACUGAAGGAGUUCCUUAAUGCCCUGUCAGGCACAUUUGAUUUCAAACUCGUUCAAGAACAGUCUGAUCCCGAGCGAAAAAGUUUCGUUUUCGUCUUCGCUGGAUAUGAAGGGUUACUGCCGGAAAAACUCAGUUGACUUCUAAUAUACCGUCGAGAUUGUAGUGAUGGCGUUCGUGCGCCCCAUGUGAGGACCUCAAGAAUGGCCUCUUCCUCUCGUGAGCGAGAUGGGAGUAGCCCGGCCGAACCGCCCCCAAUCCGCUCCACCUCUCUCCACGCCAGCCAGGUCGCCAAGGGAGGGGGUGGAAGCGGUGGGGUUGGAUCUCUCACUGUGCCCAACCACGGCGGUGGCAGUGGAGGGGGAACGAGGCGGAGGACCCAUUCCAACGAGGACGCCCGUGGAACGCAACCCGAAACCAACAAAGGCCGGCCGAACCUGGGCACAUCGGGGCCCACGCCCUCUAUCAAUCGGAUCGGGGGUGGCAGGCGACCCGUUAAAGUUUGGAAUGCGGCCCGCACCAUACGGAAAGCCUUGGUUGUGUCCACAUAUGAGGAGUUCCACCGGAAAGGCCGUGAGAAGCUUGGACUUGGCAAAGUGGAACCAAUACGAGUGGUGCUUGAAACAGACGGAACUCAGGUUGAUGAUGGUGAAUAUUUCCAAACCCUCCCCGAGAAUUCGGUUUUCCUAUUUCUCCGAUCCGGGGAAGUGUGGCACCCUGCCGGAACCGACGCAGUCCGCGCGGUAAUGGAAGCCAUCCCGUCGAUAGUAUGCGAUACUCUAUACUCUAUGGGUCUUCACGAUCAGACUCCUUCAUGGAAAAUCAUGGACAGUCGGGGCAGAAUCACAGUGGUGUUACAUUGGGAAAAGGAGUGUGCCAUUGGUGGAGGGGGCAACCUCAUGCUCACGGGUCCGGGACCCUCCAGACAAAGCUCCAUAUGUUCGACCAUCGCCUCAGGAGGUCCAAGACUGCUCGGUGUACAUACAAGGUCGAUAUCCCAGCGCUCGGGUUCUUCUGUGUCCUCAACUCCUUGCCUUAGUAGAGAUAACUCAAGAACUUCGGGAGCAGGUGGAACAACGUCAGCGGUCCAACAUCAUUCCAUGCUGGUUCAGACAAGCUUUGACUCCAAUUUGCCAGGAGGAGGGUACGGGCCUCAUAUCACUGUGAUAAACCAUGAUGCUGAUCAAGUUACUCAGUCAAGGGCCGUUGGUCACGGGUACCUUGGACCUCCCGUACGAGGCAUUAUCACCGGUGCGCCUUCACCUCGACAGCUGUCCAGGCAAGGAAGUUCUGUGGAAUCGUCAACCAUUGUUCCGCUUCACCAUCACACUGCUGAAUGCGCUGGUGCUGGUCGAGUGGUGCACCAUCCCAAUCAACAUUCAAAGCGAGGUUCACCUACCACCAAUGAAUGUGACUUCCAUUGUUGCUCACUUCAUGUGGGGCCCAAUGGCUCAUCUACUGCCUCCAAUACUUAUCACAUGUCGCACAAAACAGUAGCCACCUCACCGAUUCAAGCCCAUGACGGAGCUCAGCUUGCAUUUCCGGUCUCUUCGGCUGGUGGUGGUAUCGGACCAGAUGGGAAACGUUCCUUGCCAAAAGGUGCUCAUGUCCGAUUCUCAGAGGUUGAUAAGGCUGGUGCCGAUCCUGAUUCAGCCACGUCAUCCACUGCAACCGCUAACACAGCUCAACCAGGGCCUCCGACUUCUGUAAUGACGUCCACCAUGGUCACUGCCAAUUCAAGCACAUCAGGGGCGGCUACUGUGAGUAGCACUGCCACAACCACCAUUGUCUCAUCCACAACCAAUGGUAUCACCGCUACAAGAGCUGCCACUACCGUUGAGUGUCACACAAUAAUUGAACCUAAAGGAGGAGGGCUGGAGUUCAACGAGAGCUCAGAGUCUGAAACAGAGAAUAACGAGGAUUUGGAGACAGCCAACAAGUUUCUAUUGCUUGUGGAUCAACUCUCUUUAGAUCAACCACAGCACCUUUCUGUCAAGGACAUAGGUAUCAUCUUGGAGAGGCUUAGUGCCAAAAUAAUCGACGUGGAAAGGUUAGAGAGGGAUAUAGAGGCUAACGACUGCCACAAUUGGACUAUUCGAGCAACAAUACGGGGUGAAACCCUUCGAGAGUUGGGAGUAAUCUACAACAGCAAUUAUUACUUAAUAAGUGAACAUCCUGGUUAUCAACGAAGUCUCCCCGAUGAAGAUGACGAAGAGGAUGACGAUGACGAGGAGGAGGACGACAUAGAUGACGACGAUGAUCGGACCACUGACGAUACCGUAGAUAAACACCGGCCAGAUCAGUGACACAGAGAGCCAGCCUGCAGAAUGACUACUGUCCCCACUGAAAGUAGUCAGGACAAGCAGGUCGUAAUUCAUUCAAAGGACAUGAAGCAUUCAAGACAGUUCCACCCUAAGCCUGAAAAGGUAUCAGACACAUCCAGUAUUCAAACCAUUAGCAAACACUUUAAGAGCAAUGGAAGUGGCGCUAUGAACGACCAAGCUCAGGUGAUCAUUGCCUCUAGCAAGCACUCCCUUGCCCGCGCGGUCCUCUCCAACGGGGGCUCAAUUAAUGAUGCCUUGGCCUGCACAUGCCAUUUAUACCAGCCCAAACCUCAGCAAUCCCAAGCCCAUCUUCAUUGGUCAUCCUCGGAGUCCACCCUUGGAGGGGCCAUCGCGGGUGCUGUGGAUUCGGCACGCCAGCAAAGACUGCUCUACCAACCCCAUCAUCAUCCCAUUGUUCGCCAUCACUCCAUUCAACGAGGUACAAAUAAGAUGAUGGUCAUGUCAGAGGAUGAGUGGCAACGUCGACAGCAACAAUAUCAACAAUACCUAGAGCGGGUCUCCUCCGUCUCGGAUCCGCAGUUGAAUUGUGAUGGUCAAUGCUGCUGUGAAUGGUUUGGUCGAGCCUUACUUUGUUCCUGCCAACUGCCAUCUUCUUCGGAUGAGGCUCCCUCGCCUUGUCCAAAGGCAGUGGGGGCUCAAGGAAACCGAUCCAAUGCAGUUACUAUAAAUGGCGUGGGAAACGGAAAUGGCCACGCCCACUGAAUAUAUCAAUGUGCCAAAUCAGUAGAAGUCGUAAACCGCUUAGUUCUCGCCAAGCACAAAUCCUCCACUUAGAUUCCUUCGCUUUCAAGUGGGAAACUGACUCUUUGAAUGCAUCAAAUCAGGGCGUCCCUGCAGGCGUUCCUGCAGGCCAUCACCGCCAAUCCAGUGGGGGAUACUCUAAAUGUCCUGACUGGUUUCGAUGACAACCACCCCUGAUGUGACUGCCCUCAGGCUGGCUCCCUCAAGAAAUUGACUUUGUUACUCCUGCAAGUGUGAAAAAAAUGUCAGUGUGACAACUUCUCUCACACAAUACCUUGCUCAGAAUAGUCACCCUGGUCCAGGUGUAUGUGGCUCGUGCAUGUGAAUUGCUUACGGGUGACCCAAUCAAAACAAAUGAACUGGAAAAAUUAGUGCAUGUCAACCGGAAUGGUUUGGGAGGCUGUAACUGUCAAUUAAGUUCUCCACAAUCCCCUCUCACGCUCACGCUCCAAGACACAGAAAACAAACAGUUCUAUCUAAAUUUCAUCUCGUGUGCAUCUUUUCAAGUGUUUCAUUUCCACGGGUGCCAAAUAACCGAGUGUAAAUUUCAAAAUUUUCAAAAAAACCAUCCCACGCCCAGACGACCCACCUAAUAUAUCCACUUCCACUCUUUUUCAAUUGCCCCAUAAGCAUGAACCAUUGGUUAACAACAGCUCGAUACCUUCUAAUGGAGCCCUUGGAUCGCUCACAAAAGGACAAGCCAAUAUGUUGAUAGAUACUUGAUAAUGGAGAAACGUUGCUUUUGCAGAAUUUAUCCCAAAAUUAGGAUUACAAAAAUUUCAACACACGGAACAUCAUUCUAUACCCGCCAAUGAAAAUCCAUUGGAAUUGAAUAUUCUGAAGGAUCAAACCCCACCAUGCAAGAAGUAAUCAGAUUUGCCAAACUUGAAGUCAUGGAUUUUCGACCUUGGAUUUUUUAUCGAAGAGGAGUAAAAAUGAACACCAACAUGUAUUUGCGAACAAACCACUUGAUAUUUACUCUAGCUGCUUAUGGUCUAUGAAAUGAAAACGAAGGCAAUUUUGCUGACCUUUUUGAAGCUGAUCCAAGGGUAACAACAAAGAAGAAGGGUGAUCUAUCGAGAAAAAAUGAGUGAUCUUAUUUUUGACCACUUUCCAAAGACAAUGCCACUAUUUUUCAUGUUUCCAACCUUGAUUUCAGAUCUUUUGCAUGUGAUAAAACACAAUUCAAGAGACAUCUCACGGAAAGGAAUUUUGCUCGCUCUAAACUCUUUUCAAAUGAUGAGAACUACACAUUCUUCUCUUGAUUAUCAUAAUGCCAAACCUCUAGCCAACUACUGUAUAGUCUCACAGAUGCUCUUGGUUGAGAGCGCCACAACUCUUAUUAUGAUUACUACUAUUAGUUUUGAAUAACAAAACGACGAACAACCAAUAUUGAGACUCCUAAAACAUUUGCUGCUGCAACAGAUAUCUACGAUUAUAACUUUGAUUUGCGCAAAUAUACAUUAAAUAUGCAUGAAAUAGAAUCAAAGAAAUUCCUA